AUGCUGUCAAGUCACGAUUCGAGUGUGAGUGGAAAAGCUGUUGAAUCAGGAAGCGUUCGUCGUGCUAUUGGCGAUCGUAGAAGACUACUGCGACAACCGAGGGCCUGUAAUAUGCUAUUGCAAGAGGGGGAAAGAAUGACUGGCGGACAUCAUAUGGUCUUGUGGCAAUUUACAGCAUGCUAUUGA